ACGCGAUCCAGUACUCGCGCCGCUCGCGGCGGGGCGAUGAGCAUCAGCAGAACCGCCACCGCAUCGAGUUACAGUGACGAUAGCUGCCACGGGACUCGCAGGAGUCACAGCGGCCAGGAGCAGCGCGCCAAGCUCCCGAGCUACGGCCUCCUCGCGUCCACUACUCACGUCGCGGCUCUGCGGCUCGGCCUGUGUCUGCUGCUGCUGCUGGGCUGCCUCGACGGCGACGGCCAGCCGCGUCGCUGCUCCGUAGCCGCAUCUUCACUCGGACUGCAUCCGCUCGAUCACCAGCAGCGCGAGCAGUUCCAGGCCGACGAGGAGCAUCAGCGAUCGCUGCAGCCAGCCCAGCCGCCGGGACCCGAUCUCGCCUACGACGAGGAAGAUGAGCUCGACGAGGACGAUUACGUCGAGCUUAAUGUCACCGCAGAAAAAUGGAAGUAUUUGGGCUCGCCCUGUGACCAGGAGUGCAACCCGUCGCUGCAGCACGUCGUUUGCGAUCCGCAGAGCAAGUUCUGCGAGUGCGAAAAGUUUUAUCCAGUCGAGCUUGGUCCGACCAAGGGAUGUGCCAAACCGAAAAAGCUCGGGGAGCAAUGCCUGUACCGAGCCACGUGUCUCUACACGGACCAGCACUCGACCUGCACGCAAGUCCAGCACAACGCGGUCUGCGAGUGCGACGAGGGCUACCAUCGCGUGCCCCUGUCCAAAUCCAACCGGAAGCUCUUCUGUGCGGCAGAUCUGGUGCUGAUAGCGACGGACUUGCCGACGCUGCUCGGGGUGUUUUCCGGCAUAGCCGUCUUCACCGGGCUCAUCUGCUUCGUCCUGAAGCUGUUCAGCCGGGCACGCUACACGAGGCCGCGACACUACGCCAGCGCCGCGGGCCAUCCGGGCGCUCCGAUUUUGUUCUCCAGUGACACCGGCAUACCGCUGGCGAUCCAGCACCACCACCCGCACCAUCAGCAGCAGCAACAGCAUCAUCAUCAUCAGCAGCACCAGGACAGCAUCGGCGGGCCCAUCGGAGGGGGCCACAGGCCCUCCUCGCGCUCGUCCCAUCGCAGCAGCAGCGGCGGCACCAUCAACUACUCGCUGCGCAAGCAGAGCUGCCCCGAUACCCGGUCAGGCGGCGCCAACAACAACGUGACGGCCUCGAGGGCAGGUGCGGCGCGCGCCGCCGCCUUCUUGUUGAUCUCGUGUCAUCGCGAGGCCACCGGCGCCAAUAGCAAUAGCUCGCAAGCCAACGCCGCUAACAACGGCGGCGGCCCAGGCAGCCCCUCGCCCAAUCCCCCGGGCAGGCAUCGCAGAGCCCUCAGCGACGUCGCCGAGGGCUCGCAAGACGGCCUCGGUUCACGUAGGCCAAGCCUGGCUUCGAUACACAGCACGACCUCGUCGGCCAAAAGCUACAGCCAGCGUCGCUUCGAGCGCGAAAGAAGCGAGAAGGAGCAGCGCCAGGCCUUGACGGAGCUGAAGCUGAAACGGGCCGCGGCCGAGCAAGAAAAGCAGCAGCAGCAAGAAAAGCAGAAAGAGCAGCAACAGCAGCAGCAGCAAGCGACGAGCCCGAGCCCGAGUCCGCGAACGCCUCACUCGACAGACGAACUUCUGCCUUCGGUCGCCGAAGGCAAGGAGCAUCUUCAAAACGAGCCGAUAGCCACAACAUCGGGAGCGUCGAUGAUGAUGUCAACGACGACGACGGCGGCGGUGCAGCACAACAAUCACAAGAGCCAUCUGAACCACAACGGAGCCAGAUCGAAAAGUAGCGCGGCGACCUCGAGGAACGGCAAACACCAUCGUCGUCAGCAGCAGCAGCAGCACAAUCAUUAUCAAAAAGAAGCAGCGACCGCCGCUACGCCGCUCUUCGACACCAACGACCUCAAUAUCGAGGCUUGCACCUCGGCUCAAGUCAAUCGCUCGUCAUAACGUUAGCCAAAACCAUGUUAUAAUAGGGAAAAAGGGGAGAGAGAGAUAGCUCGGCGGCGGGAUACAUCGCGUCACGGCCCCGCGCGCGAUCGAUCGAUUACCUAAAGUCAUCGCGAAUCUGUACAUCUGUUGUAUGAAUAUUACAUGUAUAUCACUGUUAUUUAUAUGCCAUAAGGAAUUUGGUGUGAAUUUCGGUUUGUCGUGUACAAUAAAUCAUACUGUUGAACAAAACAAAAAAAAUGGAAUAACUGUAAAAGCAAACCCUUAUUACGAACCAUCGACGUCACAAUGCAUCGUUGAGACUUUUUUCGCGUAAAUAAGCCGCAUCGACGACGCUUUCUCAUAUACCUAGUAAUUAGACGAGAAUCAUUGUUAUCGAAAUUUUAACGCACCUUUGCCACGGUAUUGGUCGACAUUUUAGCUUUAAUAACGACAAAAGAAUCGAUCGUUCAAAUUCACAACGAUGCAUAAGUGGUCCAUUUUAUCGUAUCGUAACAAAUAAUCAGAUAAUACGAGCUGAUAUAUAUAAAUGUGUAUGUAUAAUGAUGUUCAAGACUUGAAAAUGUUUUAAGACGCUCAAAAUUCUCGUUCCAGGUGACAACGAAAUCAGGCUGAAAAUGAACAUUUUCAAACAUAUUUUCCGUGACCUUUACAGAAUAUUUUUUUAAAAAUCUCUUUGGUGGCUCUUGUUUUAAUGUUCUCAAGGACCUUCAGAUCUGUUUGAGAAAAUAUUCAGUAGAGGUCUCAGAAAAUCGAUUUGGAAAUGUUCAUAUUUGGCCUGGCUUUGGUAUUCCCUUGACAAAGAUAGUCACAUUAAUUAACUAGUAAGUACUCGUUUUAAAAGAAAAGCAUUUUAAUGCCUAAAUAAUGUUUUUGUCGAAUGUGCAGAAUAUAUGUGUGGUGUUUAUCAUAUACUAAUAAAAUAUGAUUGUAAUACUCGAUGUAAGAAUGAUCCAUCAGUUUUAUACAGUUUUUAAUACUUUGAUAAAUGAUUUCGAGCAUCUGGAAUAUUUUGAUUUUUGUAGUUUUUCUAACAAAAAAAAAUCCUUUAUUGAUGUUUGUACGAUGAAAUUAUGACUAACUAUUAGCGUGCAAUUAUGCGUUGUACAACAAUAUAGGUGUUGAGUCAUUAAUCGUUUUGCAUAUCUCAACACACAUGCAAACACAUGAUUUCAUUUUUCAAUUUUCACCGAGCAAAAUCAUCGUACACGUGUAAACCAAUAUUUCAAAAACGCACAUUAAUUGCUUGCAAGUGCAAAAACAAAACUUCAAAAAGACAAAAAAUAAUAAUGCCAAAAUGUGCCUGAAAACUGCCGGUUUAAUCAAUUGUGAAAACGUUUUUGUCAUUUUAAAUGAAAAUUUCAGCAAAUUUACAUAAAUCAGAUAUAACGUGAAUUAUUAGUCAACGAAUAAUUAGAAAAAAAGAAUCGAAGAAUUUUUGCACUUGCACAGUUUCAACACAAAAAAUGUAUUAUUUGUUUGUAGAUUUAUAAAAGAAGAAUCGAAUUUUCAUGGUACUAUAUUAGGGAUUCGUAUGCGAGGGCUUUCCAGAUAGCAAAUUAUAACGAACGCUGCCUUUAGUGAGUAAGAUACAUGAAAAAACGUAUUUAUCAAAGUCCCUCCACGCGACAGAAAUUACUUUCGAACCCACCCGAAGAAAUUUUUCGUUAUACACAAGAUGAUUAUAAUUUUUCAUAGACAUGAACGAGUCUAUUUUUCUCAAUAUAUCAUAAUAUGAUAAUCAAGAGCAUCCAUUAAAUGGAGCGGGUACUUGUUCCCGGCAGCAUUUUAGAAUUGGAAGAAAUAAUUUUAGCCCUUCCAGAAAUGAGUGAAAACGUUAAAAAGGCUAUCAAUGUUGUACAUUUUUAAAUAUUACUUUAUUAUAUCUUGGCAGAAGAUCGGAAAAAUACUCCUAACAAAAUUAGGCUCUUCAGCGGUUUGAAUUUAAAAAAAAAACCAAUUAAUAUAAAAAAACUUAAUUUCAUAAAACAGGACUAUUACGAUAGAAUGUAAAAUUUCACUGGCAAUUAAUAAGGAUGUCGAAUUUACUUGAACUUCGGAUGCAAGAUCGAAUCAAACAAUUCAAUAAAAGAAAAAAGGGGCAUUGUCAUUCGGAAUGAGAUACUGCUAGACAUCAGUGAGAUUCAAUUUUUCAAAGAUUGAAUGAAAAUCUGUGGUUGAUCGAUAUGUACCUAUUAUUCGAAAAUCAAUCUUUUCAACAUCCUUUGAAAAAAAAAUGUUGACGUGAAGCUUUAUGAACAUUUAUUAUUUUUCAAACGUGUACAAAUUAUUCCUUGUUGAAUCUUAAUAAUUAUGUCAAGUAUUUGUAUUGUAGUGUUUAAUUAAUGGAAUAGUUAUUUUGUACAUAUAAUAUACAA